AAUCGUUAAAAACUAACACUUUGACUGGCGGAAAACGUGUCAAUACAAAAUUUGCUACCACGUUUGUGAUAAGAAUGAUAUUAAAAAUCGUAUUGUAAUAUUGAAACAGGUUUAGUGCCACGCAAUAAAUCGAAAUAACAAUUCCGAGGUUAAUCGGUUUUAUAUUUCCAAAUUGAACAUUCUCAUCAAUAUCUUAAGUCUACAGUGAUUGUGUAAUGAGUGAGUGAUCUUCUAGAUAAUAAUUCUUCGGAUAUAACUGUAGCUAACAGGAAAGUUUUUCAAUAUGACGGACAGUGCCCAAAAUAGAAGAUUUUCAUUGAUGAAUUUUCCAAUCUCAUUUCCUCCUACCCAACAGAGGAGGAUGUCAGUGAGGAGUUUUUAUUGGGUUAUGGUUAAUCCACUGAUCGAGGAGGGUGAUCGCGGCCCAUCAGAGAUGACCGCGUCCCUCGGAGUAGGCGGCGAAAGCGGUGGCGAUAACGCCAACCACGGCCAUGACGGAUCCAAUAACCACAACGACGUAUACACAGUAUCGGUGACCGGAGCUUACGACAAUAAAGCUUUCAAAGGCGAUUCUAAUAAUGGAGGCCCAAAGAAACCCCCGCGGGACAUAACCGACGAAGAAGCUUUCCAACAAGGCAAAUUCAAAUUGUCGACUAAAGAAAAAUGGAGAAUCCUCAAAAACGUUUCGACGAUUUCGUGCGCCUUCAUGAUCCAAUUCACAGCUUUCCAGGGAACGGCAAAUCUACAAAGUAGUAUAAACGCUAAAGACGGACUCGGUACGGUGUCCCUUUGUGCAAUUUACGCGGCACUAGUAGUGAGUUGCAUUUUCGUGCCUACGUUCGUUAUAAAAAAACUCACCGUUAAGUGGACACUUUGUUUUUCAUUGAUGUGUUACGCACCAUACAUUGCCGCUCAAUUUUAUCCUAGGUUUUACACGUUAAUACCAGCUGGUAUACUCGUCGGUAUCGGCGCCGCUCCCAUGUGGGCGUCGAAGGCAACGUAUCUCACACAAGCCGCCGGAGUUUAUGCCAAAUUAACAGAUCAAGCUGUUGACGGUAUUAUCGUAAGGUUCUUCGGCUUCUUCUUCUUGGCAUGGCAAACCGCUGAAUUAUGGGGAAACCUCAUUUCUUCAUUAGUUCUCAGUAAUCCUCAUGGAGGUGGAGGUAGUCAUUCUUCCAACGGUACUAAUUACGACCUUUGUGGAGCAAAUUUCUGUGUUAACACCAUUAAUAAUAACGAGAAUUUGGAAAGGCCAGACGAUAAAGAAAUUUACGAAAUUUCGAUGAUAUACUUGGCGUGUAUCAUAGCAGCCGUCACACUUAUUGCAUUGAUCGUAGAUCCACUUACAAGAUACGGCGAGAAACAAGGUCGCAGAGCUAGCCAAGUUGAACUCACCGGAAUCCAAUUACUUUCGGCGACAGCUUACCAACUCAAAAAACCAUAUCAGCAAUUCCUCAUUCCGAUAACGGUAUGGAUCGGUAUGGAACAAGCGUUCAUCGGUGCAGAUUUUACGCAAGCUUACGUGUCCUGUGCUCUGGGUAUUCCUUCCGUCGGUUACGUCAUGAUAUGUUUCGGUUGCGUCAACGCAAUUUGCAGUCUUCUAUUUGGAUCGAUUAUGAAAUAUAUCGGUAGAGCGCCCAUUAUGGGUCUUGGAUUUUUGGUACACGUCGGUUUGCAAACGUGGAUGUUGUUAUGGAGGCCGCAUCCCGAUACACCUUAUCAGUUCUUCAUGGCAGCUGGUUUGUGGGGCGUUGGAGAUGCCGUUUGGCAAACGCAAGUUAACGGUCUGUAUGGUACUCUUUUCCGUCGUAACAAGGAAGCAGCGUUUUCCAAUUACCGUCUAUGGGAGAGUGUAGGUUUUGUUAUAGCAUAUGCUUACUCAACGCACAUCUGCGCAAGAAUGAAGCUUUACGUUCAACUUACCAUUCUCGUGUCUGGAUUCUUAUUGUACGUCAUUGUCGAAAUCCACCAUCUACACAAGAUUCGUCGACAGAAGGAGAAAGAAAAGAAAGCAGCUGAAGCAGCUAGAAACAAAGAGAUUCUUCCACAAGAACCAGAAGAAACCGAUGACGAAAAAGACGAUAUUGAUGACGAAAUUAUUGUUACACAUUUGUAAAUUAGACUCGGAUAAUAAAAUAGAUCGAUCAGUAGUACUUCAAGGGACCAGUAUGGACAUUAUUGCAUCAUUUUUUAUACAAAUAAAACAGUAGGAAAUGGACAGUAUUUACCGAGGGGAGAAAUAUCCACAGAAAUUUUAAUGGAUACCGAAAAAUUGUUGUGGAUGUUUUAAAUUGAUCGCUAUAAAAGAAUAAUGAGAAUAAUGAGCGAUCGCGUUUUGAAUGAGAUAAAAGAUGAAGCAAUGGAAACUGUCAACUGUAUAAAAGGUGUUUUGAAAAUUAGUUUGUACCCAAACCAGUUUUAAAUUGACUAAAUAAUUUUAAUUGUU